GGCAGCCAGUUCAGUUGUACGACGCACCCGCAGCGAACCGAUCGCAGAGCCGGAACCCUUAAAAUAUAGAACACUAACCGAUAUAAGUUACUAAACCGCAAGUGACAUCAUGUGCAAAAGUGUGAUGAUUUGUUUGGCCCUAGUGGCCUCCAUUUCGAUGGUGCUGGUCCAAGGCCAAACCCAAACCCAACAAACCUGCGCUCAAGCUACCAGCCUGGACUUUAAUAACCAGACCUAUUUCAGUGGCCAAUGGUUCGAGGUGGCCCGCAAUCCGGCCGCGAGUGUGGCCUGCAUUACCCUCAACGUUGGUUUCUGGCAAAACACCAAUAUGCUGGUUAAUGUCAGCCAUUCGAGCAGUAGUACCUCGCUACUGGCCGAUGUCCAUGAGAGUGCGAAUAUAACGCUGGUGGCCGGAUCCACUGCCGGCUACAAUGUGAGCAUUGUGAAGGGCAACCAGCAGGAGCACGUCUUCAUCAAGCUGCUGCAGUUUGUGAACAACACCUACCUGACGGGAUGCAGAUAUACUGGCAGUGACGCGUCGACCAGCGCCGGUUUUAUUUUGGCCAGAUCAAAUUACACUGCUGAAGGCGUGAAGAUUGCAAACACGAAUGCUUCUGCGUACUAUAGCAACUUCCAGGCCAGCACCUACGGCAAUGUCACGCAGUUGAAUUGCUAUGCCAGCUCUGCCGGACAGACUGGACCUCUGACUCUAAUUUCUGGCUUCCUGGCCCUCGCUCUGCUGCUGAUCAAGGCCUAAAGAAGGAGAUGUAACAUACUGCUGUGCCUAGCUGACAUAAAAAAAUAUCCAAACCAAAACAAUUGCCCCAGUUAUUGCGUCAUUUCUUUAUUUAGUUUUUAGUUGACUUUAAACUCUCCGCUUUGCAAUUGAGUCAAGGCGAAACGAUGUCAAUAAAAGUAAACCGAAAUGGGAGAGGGCCCCUUAAAAAACCCUCUCCGAAAAUAACAAAACUCGAUAAAAGGUGUACAGACAAUAUCAGUAUUCUCAACGCUCUGCUGCAAUCAGUGCUUUAAUUUGCUGGCAACUUGUUCAAAAGUAUGCGUGAUAAGAUAAACGUUAACGACAACAAAAUAUAUGACUAUGCCACCAAUUCACCCAACAA